CCUGUCUCCAGCUGCUGGGGCGAAGGCCGGCUGGGCUGUGCUGGCGCCGUCAUGCCCUCCGCAUCUCCAGCAGAGCCCUUGGCCGUGGCAGCCCCCAAUGCCACGGCGGUGGUGGCGGUGUGGACCAAUGUCAGCGUGCCCGAGACGCCCCUGUUCCACCUGUUUGCACUGCUGGACGAGGAGCUGCAUGCCGCCUUCCCAGGCCUGUGGCUGGCGCUGAUGGCAGUACAUGGCGCCAUCUUCCUGGCGGGGCUGGUGCUCAAUGGGUUGGCGCUCUACGUCUUUUGCUGCCGCACCGGGGCCAGGACACCAUCAGUCAUCUACACGAUCAACCUGGUGGUGACCGACCUGCUGGUGGGCCUGUCCCUGCCCACGCGCUUCGCGGUCUUCUACGGCGCGCGUGGCUGCCUGCGCUGCGCCUUCCCGCACGUCCUCGGCUACUUCCUCAACAUGCACUGCUCUAUCCUCUUCCUCACCUGCAUCUGCGUGGACCGCUACCUGGCCAUCGUGAAGCCUGAGGGCUCCCGCCGCUGGCGCCAGCCUGCCUGUGCCAGGGCCGUGUGCGCCUUCGUGUGGCUGGCUGCAGGUGCCGUGACCCUGUCCGUGCUGGGCGUGACAGCCAGCGGCCGGCCCUGCUGCCGCAUGUUCGCGCUGACGGUCCUGGAGUUCCUGUUACCGCUGCUGGUCAUCAGCGUGUUCACCGGCCGCAUCAUGUGCGCGCUGUCGCGGCCAGGCCUGCUGCGCCAGGGCCGCCAGCGCCGCGUGCGGGCCAUGCAGCUGCUGCUCACAGUGCUCGUCAUCUUCUUUGUCUGCUUCACACCCUUCCACGCCCGCCAGGUGGCUGUGGCGCUGUGGCCUGACAUGCCACGCCAUUCAAGCCUCGUGGCCUACCACGUGGCCGUGACCCUCAGCAGCCUCAACAGCUGCAUGGACCCCAUUGUCUACUGCUUCGUCACCAGUGGCUUCCAGGCCACCGUCCGUGGCCUCUUCCGGCGGCGUGGAGCGGAGUACACGCCCAGCAGCAGCAACGUGGUCAGCAUGAACAAGAGCUCCAAGGGCUCUGGCCACCAUCACGUCCUCAGCGCCGGCCCUCGUGCCCUCACCCAGGCCCUGGCCAACGGGCCCGAGGCUUAGGGGGCUCUGCAAGGGGCCAGAAGCGCGGCUCUGCUCAGCCUGCCAGCCCAGA